GAGCGCGGGCGAGGAGUGGGGGUGCGGCGCGCGCGAUCGUGUGCUCCAGUUGACUCGCGCGGUGUGGACAGGCUGCCGACGGCGGACGGCGCGCGUGGUGACGGCCCCGUGCCGAGCCGUAGGGCGUCGGCGGAGGGGCAGACUUGGCGGAGUUCCGGUGACCGGUGGCCGCCCCACGCAGGUCACACGCACCGCCAGUGGCCGCGGCGCGCACACGCGUCGAAACCGGGUCAGCCGGCGUGUAGUAACGGGACCUGCGCAGCCGUCACAACAGCUCUGUGGGACCGCCGACGGCGCCGCAUCCAGCAUGGAGUCGGCACAGGAGCACGUCGAGACGUUCAACAGCCAGGAAUUUAUGGAGUAUCUGAACGAGUACCGGCUCAUCAGCAUGGAUGGCGAGGAUCCGACAGACGACGAGAAUCCCCCGGAAGAGGGUGAGGAGGAGGCGGAGUGGUUGCGCCGGGCCGGCUUCGACUCGCUUCUUGCGGCGCUCGAGCCCACCUCGGAGUCAGGCGACACCGAGUGGGAGGGGUUCGUCACCCUCUCCCACAGACAGGCGGCCGUGGUGCGACGGCGGCUGCACGUGCUGCGCAACACCCUGCAGAAACGCCGCUCGGCCACGCCCGACAGCCUGGACUCGCUCUCGCCGCCGCUGACGCCGCCCGAGGAGGCCGGCCGCCGUCAGGCCGGCUCGCCGCACAGCCAGGGCUACCACAGCAGCUCGCGCGGCUCGCUCGACCGCCUCGAGCCAGCCGACGACGAGCGGCGGGCCUCCGAGUACCGUCACGUCCUCCGGAUCCCUGUGGACCCGGGGCCACUGGACCGGAGGGAACAGGAGGCGACGGCAUCACGUGACCGGCGGGAGCUGGAAGCUGUGACGUUACGCGACCGGCGCGAGCAGAAGGCGGUAACAUCUCGGGACCGGCGGGAGUCGGAGCCUCUGGCGUCACGUGAUCGGCGCGAGCGGAAGGCCGCGACGUCACGUGAGCGACUGGAGCUGGAGGCAGCGACGUCAUGUGACCGGAGGGAGCAGGAGGCGCCAACGUCACGUGACCGGCGGGAGGAGCCGGGGCCUGGCCGGCGGCGUCGAUCACGUGACGUGACGGACCGCGGCCGGCGGCCGCUCGGCUUGUUCGAGAGCAGCGGGUACUACGAGCUCGACCACCGGCCGCUCUCACCACCCGACCCAUCCGGGAUCGAGACGGUGUCGUUCCAGCCAGUGGGGUCGGUUCGCCACCAUAGGGAGCGCACCGGCGGGGCCCGUCGGAGGGGCGCCGGCGUGGGCACCUCUCCGCUGCGGGAGGAGGCGCCACCCGGCACUGGCGCCUCCUCGCCGGCCACCGAGGACGCGGAGGUGUCAGACGAGGCGCGGCUGGGCCGCACGCGUCUCGGCGACCUCUCGGAGACGGACGUGCAGCGCGUGCAGAAGCUGGCACUGCUCGAGCUGACCGGCUUGUUCGAUGAGCACGGCCUCAGCUACAGUCGACGGAAGGCGCGUCGGCGCCGGCUGGGCGCGCGCUCUAGCGGCGACGGCGCCGUGGUCGGUGCGUCGUUGGCUUCGCUGCUGAAGCGCGACAGGCAGCGGCUUGCACACGCACGUCCCGUGCCACUCGCCUUCGAGAAGGUGCUGGCGCACCUGGAGCGGCACGCCGUACGCGAGGAGGGCCUGCUGCGCGUGCCUGGGCACCGCCAGAAGACGGAGCUGCUGCGCCAGCUGGUUGACGAGUGCUUUUACAGCCAGCCGGGCGCCGUGGACGCGGCGCUGCAGCGCAGCAGUGCCAACGACGUAGCGGCGCUGCUGAAGCAGAUGCUGCGCCAGCUGCCGGCGCCGCUGCUGACCGACGAGAGCAUGGAAGCGUUCCAUCGGUCGGACGCGCUGCCGGCGGAAGAGCAGCGCCAAGCGCUGGCGCUGCUCUGCCUGUGCCUGCCGGCGGCCAACCGGGCGCUGCUGCGUCGCCUGCUCGCCUUCCUCGCCACAAUCGCCGCGCACGAGCCGAGUAACAAGAUGUCGCUCGAGAACGUGGCUAUGAUCAUGGCGCCGAACCUCAUCCCGCCCGGUCGGCGCCGGCAGCGCGACAUCUCGGAGGAGAUCACGUUCGCGUCGGUGACCGCGCGUGUGGUUCGCCGCCUAGUGCUGCACCGUGAGCAGCUGUGGGUGGUGCCGCCGCAGUUCAUCCGCCAAGUGCGGCACCAGCACGAGGAGGAGCUGUACGAGCGGGCGCGCCGCGAGUCCGGGGGAGCGAUGAAGAAGCUUUUGCGUCGGCGCGACACGGCCAUCGUGCGCAAGAUCGACAACGAGGUGGACUUCCAGGAGGGCGUGAUCCGCGUGUCGGCCUCGCAGUUCGGGAGGAGCAGCUGGCCCGUCCGGCUGGCAGCGGACACCACCGCAGGAGACCUGGUCACCAGUUGCCUGCAGGAGAUGCUUCUGUCGGACUCAGCCGCUCGCGAGCGGCGCCGCCGCCGCCGGCAGUGCCCGGAGCCGACACCAGACGGCAGCACCGUCUGCGCGCUGACGGUCGCCGAGCUCGACUCCGCGCUGCACACGCAUUUCCUGCACGAGCACGGCGGCAACAUAGGGGAGCGUCGGCUGGAACAUGGCGCCGUUCUCCUCGACUGCUACCAGGAGAACCCGAACGCUCGCUGGGUCCUGCACUGCUGCCACGGCCCCGUGGCCGCCUCCAGCGUGCAGAUCGUGGCCACCUAGCGGCUGCGGCGGUAACAGCUACCAACAGCGCACAGAUUGUUGCCACCUAGCGGGCCCCGCUACAAUUACCUUCUUCGGCGUCCAGACCGUUUCCACCUGGCGAGACCUAAGUGAGAACGUGUCGGGUCUGACCACGCGUGGAAGACCUGGGCGAGGCCGGGGAUUCUGCGCGGUCUGCUGACGUCACGGCCGUCGACAUGUCCGGCCACCACCGCAUCACGAGAGACACGGCCCUGAAACCUGAAGGCGUGCCCGGAGCCAACCCAACGCAGGGUGGCUGUGACCUGUCCGGGGCUGGGAGCCAACGGCUCGGGGUGCUUACAGUACGGCGCUGAAGUAGGCUGUGCAGUGUGCGCCGAACAAAAUGAGAACAACGACGUUGCUGUCUGGUAACUUUCCGAUUAUGAUGUUUUAUUUCCGAAUGUAUUGACUGCCUCCUCCCAUGUCAUAUCUUUUUCUGACGGUUGACAAGGUAUCCACGCAUUUGACGUGGCUUCUUGGCAGUGGAGGCUUGCCACGACAACACAUGUCUGUUGGUGACCCUUGUGGUAGUAUCUGUCCGUCAUUCUUGACACGCGAAUACCCUUCUUACUUACGGGGCCAUAGUGUCACGCUCUGCGCUGUUCAAAUCGUGACUAGGUCUUACAAAGGACAAUGCCAUUCUGAACAUUCCACAUUAUUGAGGACGCGGGACGACGUAGCCGUGGAUGGCGCGUCGUCAAGCCAGUAUGUGGUGAGUAUGCAAUAUCGCCUCCGCCAACCGAUGUGAUUGUGUAUGAUAUGCGAUAUCUCGGAUUGGUUCAGCCCAUGCUUGUUGGAGUUGUGCAGUGUAUCGUACUUGGCUAGUGUGAAGACGCUGUAGACAAGCUGUACCGAGGCCUGGAGGCGAUCGUGAUGACGUGCUUUGGCGACUAAUGACCGUUGAUGAGACGUCAGCUCGAUGAGAGCCGCCGCCUUACGCUAGGCGUGCGGUGUAUUGUGUGUUCAUUAAUCCAAGCGAAGCAGCGCAAAUGCAAACAACCCCAGCGAGGGACGGUCUGCGCCGAAUGGGCGUCUAUGUAUCCAAUUGCGUGGUUCUAAUAUUCGUGCACGAGAUGUGGCCUUUUUGGAGCGUUGCAAUUAACUGGUGCACUGCUGCAUGGCGGACAUCAUGUGUGUUCGACAAAUAUCGUAAAUCGCUUAGAAAAUAUAAGUCGCUCGGCUUA